UUAUUGCUAUCUACCCGGCUAUCAUCCUCCCAAAGAGCCUUCAUUGGUGAGAACUGCGUAACCCAGUAUAUCAAGUGCCACAAUGAACUUUGCUCUAAAUACAGCCAAAAGUAUGAUUACCACCAAGCUAAAUGUGAAGAUCCAGAGCUGAUCAAGGGGUGGUUCAACCGGUUCUAUGAUACUAGUCAAAAUUAUGGAAUCCUUACACAAGAUAUCUACAACAUGGAUGAGACUGGCUUCCAAAUGCAUGUGAUUUCAACUGCCAAAGUUGUCUGUGGAUCAGAAACAUGA